CGUCUGCUUUCCAUCUUGCGCUCCCCCAUCCACUCCCAGCGACACCCAUCCACCCCGUACACACUUCUACAAUGGCGUCCAUGGACAUUGACAAGCCUCUCGACGAGCCCCCUUGCCCCUCUUGCUUUGCCACCCGACGCCCGCCUUUGUCACCUCAUCAAUGCUAAACCAUCCACCUCUUCCCCCUUUACCACUUGCGCUCAUUCAUGGCCUCUUUCACCGACUACAGAUGAUCUCGGCCAAGCCCCGUAACCGUCGUGGCGGUGGCCGCGCGCGUGGGCCUUCCGCGCCUAACUCUGCCCCUGCCCGCGAGGCUGCCCCGCGUGGUGCUGCUGGCGCCCGCGCCCGCUACUCGGGCUCCGCCCCGCGUAACGCGUCCCAGACCCAGCGCGCUGCCGCUGUGCCGGCUGCUGCCAAGCCCAUUACUGCCGACGCGACCAAGAUCAUCAUCUCCAACCUUCCUACCGACGUGACCGAGGCGCAGGUUCGCGACCUUAUGCAGUCGACCGUCGGCCCCGUUCGCACUCUUCACAUGGCGUACACCGCGAGCGGCAAGAGCACCGGUACUGCCACCGUCAUCUUCAAGAACCGCGGUGACGCCAACAAGGCGCACUCGUCGUGUAUGUGGAAGAGGAAGGCGGUGCUAAUCACAAUACAGACCACAACCGGAUGAUCGACAACCGUUAGUGUCUCCUCAUGCUGACUAUUCCCUUCCCUUCGCCGCUGCUCGCCAAGGCGGGCCCUAUGAUUUGGACAGAUGGCUAAGCGCGGUGGCGCGACUU